AUGAAACGCUUGUCGCUCCUGUUCCUUUUUUACAUCUACCACUCAACGUUUGCCGACACCUGCUAUUGGCCUAAUGGCGACGCUGCGACUGCAAAUUGGAUACCAUGCCCCGGUUCAAAACAUUGUUGUGCUACUGGUGAAGCAUGUCUUUCCAACAACCUUUGCAUGGCUGGGAAAUACAUGACAGUCUAUCGAGGAGCAUGUUCAGAUAAGUCGUGGCCUAUAUCAGAAUGCCCUCGAAUCUGCUACGAAGAGAUUGACCAUGGAUGGGCAAAUCUGUAUCCUUGCCCCACGAACGAAAAUGAGGUCUUCACCUGCGGAGCCGCGGGAUGGGCCUCUGCCGUCUGCGAAGCCCAGUUGGGCAACUAUACUUGGGUCGAUAGUAAUGUCACCGUGGCACAGUUGGGAAUUUCCACCUCGUCAUCCACAGCCAGUCAAUCAACUGCAACUACCGCGACUUCUUCAUCGGCUUCUGCAUCAACCGAUACUUCGACUGCGGUAUCAUCAAGCUCAACAGCUCUGGCCUUGGACUCGUCAGAGAAAUGUGACAGUCCCCUGGGGGCCGAACUCGGCAUUGGGCUUGGAGUUGGGUUGCCGCUUUUGAUUGCAUGCGUGACAAUCUUGUGGUUCUACUUGCGAACACGACGCCAGAUGGAAGCUUUGCAGCAGCAACUGAAUAUGAACAGAGGUGUUCAACAGUCUGCUCCACCGGUCUAUCCCCGCGAGCUAGAUGCUGGAGAUGAGAAUUGGGCGAAAGUUCGGUCGGAACUAAGCUAA